AAUGAGCGUCGAAUACCACCAGGUGGAAAUAAGGCAUCUUUAACUUAUGUCUAAUUCAGACUGGACAUAGCAAGCGACAAGCAGUAACUAAUCAGCGAGACGUUACGUUUACAGUAACAUAAAAAAUAUCAUUGGUUGAUUUCUGCUUCACUGAUUGAUGCUUGCUGCGUCCACUCUGAACUAAGCAUAAUGUACGAAUCACACACAAUUCCGGUCGAACCGAAAACAUCAAUAAUAAUUUGCAUCGUGGACAUUGGACUUAAAAUCUUGUCGUCUGCUACGUGAUGCACCAUAAUCCUUUCCAAAAAUGACACAAGUGUUGAACGGAUUACUGCGCAACAGACAUAUUUAUCUUUUAUCUAAAAACAACAAAAGAUUUGCCGGUCACAGCAAAUGGCAGAAUAUAAAACAUAUAAAAGAAGAAAAUGAUAACAAACGGAUGGUAUUGUUCAAUCAUCUGAAAAUACAAAUGACGAUUGCAAUACAAGAGGGAGGAGGCAUUACAAAUCCAAGUAAUAAUUUAAAAUUAUCACAAGUCAUUGAACGAGCUAAAAAAGCAAACAUGCCUGUGGCAUCAAUAAAAUCUUUCCUUGACAGAAUGGAGGCACGGAAAAAGAACAAGACUCAAACAAAUGUAAUAGAAGUUCGUGGGCCAAAUGGUUAUAUCAUGCUCGUAUGUUAUAUAACGAAUAAUCCCAAAUUUUUCCUAACUGAGCUUAAUUCAAAACUUAAAAAAACCAAAGGAAAAACCACAAAUACUUCUGCCAAAAAUAUGUUUAUUCAUACAAGCAAUAUCAUAGUUAAAAAGAAAGGAAAUUUGGAACAAGCUAUGGAGGAUGCUAUUAACAUUGGUGCGGAAGAUGUAGAGGAAUUCAUGGAAAAUGAUAUGGAAUAUUUUCAGUUUAAAUGCGAUCCGAAGCUCUUAAACAAAAUAAAAUGUCUUUUAAAAGAUCGUGAAUACUAUGUACUUUUAGCAGAAGAAGAUUAUGUACCACAAACUACAAUAGAAUUAAAUGAAUCAGAUUUGGAAGCUGUUUCUCAAAUCCGCGAAAGAGUUUUGAGCUUAGAAGAUGUCAAUAAGAUAUAUGAUAAUUUAGCAUAAUUUAGGAUACUUUAGCAUAAAGAAUUAUGUAAAUAAUAAAAAAAGAUAUCAAUCAC